AUGUUUGUCCCUUCAGUAUACUUUAAACCCAUAUCUUUUGGUUAUACUACUUAUGGAGCAUACGGAAUAUCUGGAUUUAUUAUGGCAAUCUACUUCUGCGAGUGGAAACAAGUCGGCCAAUAUAUUCCGCUUUGGAACAAACGAUAUUCCACUGAGUAG